AUGACGACAAAUGCAACUGAACAAUUACAACUUAAUACUACCUCAGCCACAUCGACAGUUAUAUCUUCAAUAAUUUUUAACACAGCAAUUACUGCUGGUGCAUUCAUUACUUUUGAUUUAAUAAGAAAGAGAUGGGUUAAAAUUUUUGAACCAAAAACUUAUCUUGUCCCCGAAAGGCCAACCUUAAUGGCAUCUGAUGAAGAGCUCAUAUUGCGAGCUGGAUUGGAUGGAUAUAUGUUUCUUCGUGUUAUUCGGCUUUUUAUGAUAUUGUUUGCUUUAUUCACGAUUGUGGGUCUUUGUUUGAUUUUACCUUUGAAUCAUAUUAAUCAACGAGAUAAACGUGGGUUGGAAAGUUUUACCAUUGAGCAUCGUAUAUCCCCACGUGCGACCACCAUUUUGGUUGUUGGCAUUCCUGAUCAACUUAAUAACGAAGAAGAUCUAAAAAACCUAUUUAGUGUGUUUCCUGGGGGUGUGAAACGAGUUUGGCUUAAUAGAUUAAUAGAUCUUACAGUUAAAAGAAUGAAAUUGAUUCAUAACCUUGAAUAUGCCGAAACAGAUUUUCUUCUAAAAUAUUUAAAACAUCUUGCAAAGGAUGAUGAAUCAGAACAAGACGUAGAAGAUGGAGACAAAGUUCCUAUAUUUCUGCGUCCAACCCACAGAACAAUUCCCUUGAUCGGUAAAAAAGUGGAUUCUAUUGAGAUGUAUCGCGAAGAGAUUCAAAAACUUAAUGAAGAAAUUAAUGAACUGCGGAAAAAGAUAGAUUCUUUUAAGAAGUUAAGAUCUGCAUUUGUCCAGUUUAAUAAUUACGUUGGCGCUCAAUUGGCUGCAACUUUGACAAUCCCACGAUUAACAGAAAUAACUCGAGAAGACGUUAUUUGGGAAAAUCUUAAUCUUACGCGUAUACAAAGGCUUAUUAAUGUGUUACUGGUUACUACUUCCGCAAAUGGUGCAUUUCAAGCUCUUCCUACACUUCUUAAUAAUCCACCAAGCAUCAUAUCUAGUCUUGCUGAAAAUUUGCCAUUAGCGUCAACAUUUUUCCUUACUUAUGUUCUCCUUAGUUUGACUACUGCUGGACUUGAAAGUUUACAACUUGGAACUUUGGCUAUGUAUUUAUUAAAUAAAUUACAUGUUAAGACCCCUCGUCAAAUUUUGGAAGUUGAAACAUCUUUAACGUCUAAAGAUUGGGGUAUUACUUUUCCACCACAUAUUUUGAUGGCUUCAAUCGAAACUAAUGGUGUUUUAUUCUUACAUGCAAUGAAACAAUUUUAUUGGGGAAUAUUAAUUUUUCAAUUAACUAUGAUCGGUCUAAUGUCUCUUAAUCAAGCAUUCAUUCCUGCAGAAUUUUUACCUGUGGACUUGAUGGGUAUAAUUGAUAUUAAAACGAGAAAAGUUAUUAUUGACACGGAAAUUUUUACAAAGUCGAUUUCCACUGUCACGGAAGAAGUCGAAUAUGAUGAAAAGGCUGAUCUAGGUUCUACUAGCAAACAAGUUUCUGAAAAACCUACGGAUGAUGAAUAUGAUGAAUACACUGAUCCAAAUGUAGUUCAUAUCAAGCAUGGAGAGUUAGAAAAAGAUAGUCCAAACACAUAUACACAUCCAGCUCUUAUAGUUAACAACCCUAUAGUUUGGAUACCAGAAGAUAGUGCAAAGGCAUAUGUAGAGGAAGUUAGAAAAUGUAAAGAUCAUGGAUUAAAUGCGAUGAGCCAAGGUGCAACGAUAAGUGAAAAGUAUAAAAUUAAAGUAGACAUUACAAAAGCUCCUAAUAUUAAGGAUGAACUUUUUGUGGAGAGUGCGGAAAUAACGUUUAAAAAUUCAGUAAAAGUGACUGAUUAA